ACGGUAUGUCAAAAUAAUACUUACUAAGUAAAUACCGAUAGAAAAGCGGCAAUGGCGAAGGUGGUAGACUUGCUCCUUGCGACUACGCUUGAGAAUCUGCGCGAUAAGCUGCUGACCGCCUCUACUGACGUCCACACCUCCCCAAGAGAUCUGCAAGAUGUAUGGAAACUAGCAGACGCCCUACCAGCCAUCGAUGAUCUGGAGCUGCAGACGCUGCAUGGUGACCUCACUCGCGUUGUCAAAGCACUCAGUCGCGUGAUUAUUAAAUAUGCUACAGUUAUCGCAGCGGACAUGGAGGAUGUGGCAAAACUCGUGGUAUCAGAUGACCAUCUGCUGCCAAUUCUGCGUGUCCUGAGCGCAUUUGUGAACCGUUUGAGACGUCAAGAGCUGCUGGACGACAAGGAGCUGCUCCGGUGGCUGCCGUUCGUGCUUACAGCUUGUAUCUUCGUGACUGGAGCAGAACUACCGGGUUCUGAUCUGAUGCAAAGUGUCGUAGUUGCUGAGGAGACUCUGGACGCGGCUGUGGAUCUCGUAAACGCUAAAAAUCGAGAGAGUCUGGUGGCAAAAUACGUUGCGCAGAUCGUGGCACUAUGCUCGCAAGACGUGGACAAGGAGCAGUGGGUGGCGGUGUCUUCCGUAAACAAAAAGAUCAUGUUGCAGGUAGUGGAACAAGUGCCGUUCCCGCAUCUAGGUGGGGAUCUGCUAGGACGUCUGCUGGCGCUCACGUUUCCUCUAGUUGACGACCUGACCGAUGCCACUCAGAUAAUUGGCGCACGUAUGUUGCGGCACAUUGUGAAGAAUGUCACGUCGACGGAGUUGCGCUGGUACUCGGAUGUCCUACUGGAGGUUCUGCACACAGCCAUUGUCACUCGCAAGCCCGAUACGCUAAACGUGCUGCUUGAUUGUCUUGUGGAAGCGCUAGAUAAGGUGUCACCUCCCGGUGAGCUCAAGCAUUACGAUCGAUUUAUGCCGCGUCUGCUCAGCGACACGAGUUUGUGUAGUGAUGUUGCUGUUCGAGUAGUUUUUGUCCGACAUCUGCGCAUUGUUGUGGUUCGGCAAGGCGCUCCGUACAGCAUGAAUGUCAUUCGCUACUUGCAGCCACUGCUGAAGGUGCUGAUCGCGGGAUUUGAGAGCGUCAAUGUUGCACUUUUGGUGGCGACGCUAGAAACGUUGCAAGCUACUGUGCUGGCUGCAUGGCCCCGCAUUGCGCCGCACACCGAGGAGGUUCUGGUUGGUGUGCUUCGUGCUGUAGCUUUCUGCGAAUUGUUCGAUGAAGGCGCAGAAUUUACACCGUCACCAGAUGAAAAGGAGCAGAUUCUCGCUCUGUGCGAAGACGUUUUGGACCUGUUGCACCAAGUUAAUGCUGAUAACUCUGAAGUCGUCGAUAUGCUGGCUACGUUGGCUAACGAGAGUCCCAAACUGUCGCCGUUCUGCAAUCGCAUGCAAGAGAAAUGGGUAUCUUGAUAACAGCUACGACACGCUCAAUGGACUCAGACCCAAAAGCAAUUUGCUCUUCAAAUCGACGCUUAAGUUGCCCCAAAUGCGUGCAUUCCCAUUCGUGGAAAUGCCGACCAAUCGCCGUCUGAGUGUACACCCACUUCAACUUGCCUCGAACUGAGUGACGAAUUGCUGUGCACCCUGCUUCUUGAUCGUUUUUCACAUUUGCUUUUCCUUUAUAUUUAGUCGAGUUUGAUGAAGAGUACACGCAUAUGCUAGCUAGCUACUACGAAGCAAGGAGAACCACUCGGCUACUUAGACGUUCGGGCCGUACACCGACAGGUCGUUGCCAGGCAGGAUGAACUGCUUGAAGUUUUCCUUGAACGCCUUGGCCAGCUUGAGUGC